UAUCAAGAUGUUCUGCUAACAACGAAACUUAUCUCUGUUUGUGUUGUACGAGGUAGAAUAGACCAUGGACACCAUGAUGGAGUUGCCAAGCUUGCUCUGACUGAAACCAUCAUGUUUGACCAGGCAAUUCAGAAAGCGUCUGAGCUGACCAGUGAAUCAGACACUCUCACUGUUGUCACUGCAGAUCAUUCCCAUGUCUUCACAUUUGGUGGAAACACCCCCCGAGGAAACCCUAUUUUUGGUCUGGCACCCAAGAAGGCUGAGGAUAGUCUUCCAUUCACUAGUAUCUUGUAUGCUAAUGGACCAGGAUACUUUCAUGUGAACGGAACAAGAGGAAACGUUUCAGCAGUGGAUUACUUUGAUGAAGAGUACAUGCAACAAGCUGCCGUUCCUUUAGAAUCAGAGACACAUGGAGGGGAAGAUGUGGCUAUCUACGCCAAAGGCCCAAUGGCUCACCUCUUUCAUGGAGUCAAGGAACAGAAUUACGUGGCCCACGUCAUGGCUUAUGCAGCAUGCCUGGAGCCCUACACUAACUGCCCACUGCAUCUUCAUGACUCCGGUGGAUGUAAAAACACUCUUUCAGGGCUUCUUAUCUCACUAACCGGCGUGUUUUGGCUUGUCACAAGAUGACAGACUCCACUACAUGAGUGAUUGAGGCCCCAGGACUCUUUGGGGCUUUUUGGAGAUUUAUAACCCAAAUAGUUUAUACUGAAGUUUGGUGCUCUCCAGAUGUGCAAUGCUGUGUAUAUAAAUGUAAAGUUUUUUUUUGUUUUUUUUUUUUACAGGGGUUUUAUAACCAGAUAUUUUUUGUAUAUAUUGCACAAUGGAAAACUCUUUUGCACUGUGAUUAUAAAUUUCAAACAUGAGACACCAAUAAACUUUG